GCUCAGCUGUUUGGGUCCAAAAGGAAAACAAUGAGCAAGGAUUCGGGUGUUACCACCAGGAAAUUGGCAAUUGUGGCCGCAGGAGUUGGAUUAGUUUACGUUCUGGUGCGGCACAGGAAGUCACUACUUGGCCCCUGGCGUCGCGUCUGGUCCUCCGGCAGCCUGCUGCCCCAGCGUCACAUAGAAGUGGUCAACUCGGUCCAGGAUCCUGCCACGCAAUGGGUUUUAAGCGAACUCAAGAAUCACUGCCAGACUUUCAAGGUCCUGGGAUUCGACUGCGAAUGGAUCACCGUGGGCGGCAGCCGGAGGCCAGUGGCUCUCCUCCAAUUGAGCUCCCACCGGGGAUUGUGCGCCCUCUUCCGCCUGUGUCACAUGAAACAGAUACCCAAGGAUCUGCGGGAUCUGCUCGAGGACGAUGCCGUGAUCAAAGUGGGCGUGGCGCCGCAGGAAGAUGCCAUGAAGCUCUCCCACGACUACGGAGUGGGCGUGGCGAGCACCCUGGAUCUGCGCUUCCUGUGCGUCAUGGCGGGUCACCAACCGGAGGGACUGGGCAAGCUCUCCCACCGACAUCUUAACUACAAACUGGACAAGCACUGGCGCCUGGCCUGCUCCAACUGGGAGGCCAAGCAGCUGGAGCCGAAGCAACUCGAUUAUGCCGCGAAUGAUGCCCUGGUGGCCGUGGCCAUUUACCAGAAACUCUGCCGGGAUCUGCAGCCCACAAACUUCUGGCAACGGCGGCCACAGGACGACCAAGCAUUACGCACCAAAUUCGAACCCUUUCUGGACGUGGACUUCACCAAGGGCUUCUCACUCAGCGGAGUUAACCGUUCAAAGGGUUCGGUAGAGUCCCAAGGAAAGAAGUGGCUGCCCAAGAAGCAACCUUACCGGCAAAUGGCCACCAGGUCCAAGGACUUUUACGACAACUGCCUGCUGCAGGCGCCCGAUGGCGAACUGCUGUGCACCAUUGACCGGCGGAAGGCCUCCUGGUAUCUGAAUCAAAAUCUGGGCACUCAGAUCAGCGAGGAGCCCUUCACCGUGCGCCUGAACUUCGAACCCGCCGGAAGGGCAGUGGGCGAUGUGGGUCGCUACUACCAAACGCCCAAGGAGAACCAGUGCGUGGUGUGCGGCGACCGGGAUGCCUACAUACGGAAGAACGUCGUGCCGCGGGAGUACAGAAAGCAUUUUCCGAUGGUCAUGAAGUCGCACACCUCCCACGACGUCCUGCACCUUUGUCCCACCUGCCACCAGCUGAGCAACAUCUCCGAUCUGCGCGUGCGCAACAAGCUGGCCGCCCAGUGCGAAGCUCCCUUCAAGCACGAAGACGGAUCGGCCAAGUACCGCGAUGAUCCGGAGCUUAAACGCGUUCAAUCCGCUGGCAAGGCUCUUCUCUACCAUGGCGCAAAGAUACCCGCCGUUAAGGUGGCGGAAAUGCAGCGAACUCUCCUCGACCACUACACCGAUCGAACGGAGGUCACGGAAGAGCUGCUGCGCCAGGCAGCCAGCGUGGAGUACCGAGUGGAGAACGUGGACUACUGCCAGCACGGCGAGCGUGUGGUGCAGCAGUAUCGCGAUAACUUCGGCGGCCUCGUUGAGUUAGAGCGUCUGUGGCGAGAGCACUUCCUGCACACCAUGCAGCCGCGCUUCCUUCCCGAACUCUGGAACGUCAACCACAACGCCGAUUGACUGGAGGUGCGGGCAAGCGAGGGACGCGUGGACGAAGCCGAUCUUCUGGUGGCAGGACUGGAUGCAAAGGUUAAAGUCAUGUGAUCCACGGUUUCGAUUCUGAGUUUGCCACCGGCUUUGUACGUUUUAUAUUUCAAUUUCAAUAAAAGUAAACUAAAUGGGA